GUGACAAAUAUUCUGAACAGUUAAGACGCACGCUUAGCGGCGACAACAUCAAGCAAAUACAAAUACAAACACAAAUACAAAUACUAAUCGAAUAUCGCGCUCUCGAUAUAUGUGAUAAGACAGACAGACAGACGGAGGCGCAGACAGAUUAAAUAAAUUAUCAUUAGACGAUUGUGAAAAGAAAUUGAAGCGAAAAUCGCGUGUGCGCAAUUAAAACAACAUUUUCGAGUGUGCUAAGGAUAAGCGACUCGAAGUCAAAAUCAAAAUAAUAUUAAAAAUAUAUACAAUUACAAUAAACAGAAUAUGUGCUUGUUAAGCCAACAAUUCUACACCCUGGCCGUGGCAUUGGGCAUUGUUUGCCUAUCGUCAGCGAUGCCCCAAAAUCCGCAACAGCUGCAGGAGGGGCCCCACGCGCUGCUGGACAUCGAGACACCCAACCAGUUCAGCUACAACUCGCCGCUGGCCCAGCCAGACAGCCUGCGCAAUAAGCCCUACUUUGACUUCCUGAGCACGCUCUACGCCCACGACUCGGCCAAGACGAAUCUGUUCAGGAAUCGGCCGCAGCGCUCAGUGGAGCUGCAACCAGAGCCCGAGCUGAAGGCGGAUGAACAGCAGCUGGCAGCUGCCGAUCAGCCCAAGAGUCGUCGUCGGGAUCGCAAGCGUCGCGCCAUCGUCUUCCGGCCGCUCUUCGUCUACCAGCAGCGCGAGAUCAAGAAGAAGGAGAUCGCAGCCAGGAGACACAGCGAUGAGGCGCAGCGCCGCAACUACUACAAGAACUACAAGCGCGUCUAGUCUUCAAUCCUCUGGGAAUCCGCUGAAAUUAAAUCUAAUCUAAUCUAAUCUAAUCAACAACCAUGCGCAAUCAACAGCAAUGGCUAUGGCUGUCACUGGUCUUCUACAGGGUCCUCUCUAGCACUUAGCUUUUAAUUAUUGUGUUUUAGCCUUAAGUCGAGUCGAAUCAACGCACAACGCACUGCACUCAACCCGAAUCGACAAUCGAAUAUCUAAAUAUCGAAUAUCUGUAAUCCAUACUCUAUGAUACACAUUAUAAUUAUAUAAUCGCCCACACAUCCACACAUUUGCACAUUCCCUCCCCAAACCAAGUAUGUUAAGUAAUCGUAUACCCUAAAUUAAUACCCAUCUAUGUUAUAUUUGUUAACUGAUUUUUACACAAUUUGUUGCAAUUAAAGCUAACAAAAGUUAAACACGA